GGCCCCGCCGCUGUGCGAGCGCGUGUCUCUCGGAACUCACUCGUAGAGCGCCUCCGCACGCGAGGACGUCUCAGCGCGCAAAAGUAAAGCAGCAGCAGCAGCGGCAGGCAGGCAGUGCGUGUAUUUACCAUUCGUGCGGGGCACUUGGUCGCUGCAGUAUACAACUCGCACCGCAUCCGCGCAGCCUAUUCCGCUCGCGGGUCGGCAGCGCGAUCGUCUUGUUCACCGAUCGUCGCACGACUUUUUUCUUUCGUCUCGAUCAAGGUAUAAACGAGUAGCGAUCGGCGCAACGCAUCAAGAGGGACCGAGCUUCGAGCGACCUACAAAGGGAUACCUCCCCUCGAACGCAGCAGCGCUAGUUGGAAAAAAGGGACGUAUAGAGGAUACGACGAUGAUGGAGGGCAAAGGCGCGGCGGCGGCCUGGAUGCCGCUGCUGCUGGCCUCGUUGCUGCUGCUCGCGCUCUCCCCGAGCCCGACCGACGGAUUCGACCAGCCGACCGAACUCUCAUCCAGCAACGAACGACGUCGUUUGGAUUCGACGAGGAUUCGACGCGAUGUCUGGCUGCCGGUGGAGCUGCAGCAACUCGCCGAGGACGAGAUUCGCCACGAGGCUCGGAGAGUCAGGCGCAAGCACAAGCGACGCAGUCAGCAUAAUAGUCCCGAGGAGGAGGAGCGACGCCGCAGACUGUGGGAGCAGCAGGAGAGGAGACGAGUGGACGAGGAGCGCAGGAGGGCCCACGAGCCGCCGAGGCCCGAGGAGCCACCCCAGCCCACGACUCGGCGACCGACUUACGAGGAGCGACUGCGCGAGUGGCAGCGACAAAAAGAGGAGCACGACCGACUGGUGCGCGAGCGCGAGAAGGAGUACGAGGCGCUGACGGUGCGACCACUGGGCCCGCCGGUCUCGCAGUCGGCACCCAGCAACGUCCAGCGAGCACCGCCGGGCUCCCUGACCGACGACGAGGCGGAGAACGAGCGCAAGCUGCAGGACUACAUCGAGCGCAACACGCCGAUCAACGCCCCGGGCAGGGGUCAGCUGAUGGCUCACAGUAGGCCCCCGGCGAGUCGACAGCCUUGGCCUGCUGGUCAGCGAGAUCCCUACGAGUCUCACGAGCAGCGAGGCUAUCCGGCCUACAACUACAACGAGCCCGAACGAAGUCGUCAUCACGAAGGCGGUAGUGGAGAGCAGCAGCAGCUGACGCCCGAGGACGAGCGCCAGAUCGCCGAGUACCACGAGCGCCUGGAGAUGCAGUUGGCCCAACUGCAGGGGCCCGCGAGGCAGGAGUUCGAGCGUCAGGCCCGACAGCGCGAGGACGAGUACAGGCGGCGACUGCAGCAGGACCAUCUGCGAGAGAAGACGGGCUGCAAUCAAACCAGCAGCGACCAUAGCGGUGUCAAAGGACAAGCCCAGCGCCGACCACCUCCCGCGAGCUCGAUCAAGGGCGCCGUGGUCGAUCCGUGCGCCAGCGGGCCCUAUCCACCCUACGGCGACGCUCGCUACGCCAAUCGCGGGCCCGACGGUCGGCCCUGUCCACCGCCGCAUCAAUCGAGAGGUGAGACCAAGGGUCCGAGCAACGAUCGGGACCCGUACGAGCAGUACAGACGCACCCAGGAGUCGAGAUACCGACCGGAGCAGAGCAAGGGACCCGAGCCGGACAAUCGGUACGAGGAGCAGGUGCGCGCCGCCGAGGCCAGAUGGAGGGCCGAGCAGAACAAGGGACCCGUGGUGGAUCCGUACGCCGAGCUGCGUCGCGCCGAGGAGGCCAGAUACCUGGCCCAGCGGAACAAGGGACCGGCCCCGGCGCCUUACGAGGAGUCGAGGAGGGCCCAGGAGGAGGCCAGAUACAGGGCCGAGCAGAACAAGGGAGUAGUGACGCCACCGCCAGCGGGCAGAUACGGGGACGAGCAGUCGGAGCCGGAUUGGAGGAGAUACGAGGAGAUGAGGAGGGCCGAGGAUGCCACGAGGAUCCAGCCGGCGGCCAGCAAGGGUAGCUCGAGCAACGGCAGGCCCAACGACGACGGACAGGAGACGCUCCAGCCGGAGGUCUGGAAUCGAGUCUAUCAGGCCAGCUACCAUCGAGCCGGCGGCGAUCCUGCCGAGUCGUCCUCGUCGUCGCACUCCGGCAGAGAUAGCGGUCGAGAGCAGCAGGAGCCAACGCGUCCGCAGCGACCGCAGUCCGCAGGAGCACCGUCUUCUCGUUACGGCAGUCAUCCAGCAGCAGCAGCAGCAGCCCGGCCCAAUCAUUCCGACGUCGACGGCGACGACGACCAGGCCGGCAGCACGAGCAACGUCAGGUACGAGGAGCAUCGUCGGAACGAGGCAGUCGCCCCGGGCACGAAUCCUGUCAAGCAGCAGCAGCAGCAGCAGCCAGAGUCAGGACGACAGCUUAACGCUAACCAUACGACGAGCAGGCCUCCAGCAACAACAACGACGCCGGUGCAGGCGAGCAGCAGGAACGCGACGACGAGCGAGAAUCGCGCCCCGAACGCGCUUCGGCGCAACGAUAACGCGAUCGAUUUUAUGCGCGGUCUGAGGCCCGACCGUCCCGGCCCCGUGGCCUCGAAUUUCCCGGCGCCUCCGACCCCCCGAGCACCGCCCGCGGCCAGAUCACCCUCGGCCUGCGUCUGGGCCGUCGUCGUCUGCUGCCGCGUGCAGCGCGACCAGGAGAAGCUCGUGCGCUGCUUCGAGGCCAUCAACUGUCCGGACGGCAACUGGGACGAGGGACGCUGCGCGCCGCCGAUCGUCGGCGCCGCCAAUCACGAGGUCGGCCAGUUUUAUCGGGGAAGCGCCGCGGCCAGAACCACUGCCACUGCCCAACGAUGACGUUAUACUUAUGAUGCGCUAUUUACCGAAUAUUACAAUAUUUAACGACGACGAGAAGAGCGAAUUUGCCUCGAUAAUACAAUUAUAUAUAAUAGCUUGCUCCGAUUAUUUUAUAACGCAUUCAUUACUUAACAGAUUCUGUGCAUUAAGGAAAUAAUAUUGUAAUGUAAUAAUAAUAAUAUAUAAUAAGUGUGAAUGUGAGCUGGCAGGCGCGACUUACAUUCAAAAUUAUCUAUCGAUAAAUAUCUCUUUCUCUCUGUAGCAUGUAUACAACGCAUACGAGCGAUGGUCGAUUAAUCGGCCAAUAUUAUGUGAAUAAAUCAGUGACAAAUAAUCCCCGACAAUAAGCAGAGAGAAACAACAAUAAUAAUAAUAACAACAACAGACAAUAUUACACGUAUGUACUUUGAUUUAUACAAAUGUAAAUUAUUUUCUCAGUCAAUAAAUGAUUUAUUUUAUUAAAA